CUGCGGCAAAGCGGAUGUCACGUGACUUUGUUGUCCACAUCUGAACAUGGCGAUGUUUACGUUAUCGCACUAAUCAAGCCGUGCGGAAGCAGUAGCGUCCAAUUCUCGCGUGUGGCCGUAGUGCUGGAGCGCUAUGCAGCAAGAGCCCGUGAGAGACAGACCAGUCAAGAAGAAAAAAAUCCGGGCAUGGACCGAAGCGGCACGAAUUGUGUUGGAGCUACACCCCCAGACUCCGAUGUCUCACAAGGAGAUCUUCUCUGAAAUCUGCACCCGAGGGCUAAAGGAUGCGAGCAGCCCAGCCGCCUUGGCCUGCCUGAAUGCGAUGCUGCAUGCUCACUCCAGGGGACCAGAGGCUCUCUUCUACCGCGUGUUUGGAGCAGCAAGUGUCUUUGGUCUCAAGACUGACAUUCCGGGAAGCGCGGUCAGCUUGGAGGCGGACGAGGAUUCCGGACCAGAGACAGAAGACGCCAGUGUAGUCAACUGCGUGCGUGACCACAAGAAAGCCAAAGUUUUGUAUGUGAAGCUGCCUGCAGGCUUUCGUACACCAAAGGGUCUGAGCAUGGACAUCAUGGCCAAUGGCGAGAGCCUGCCCAACCAACAGCCCAUUCCAAAUGGCAUAUGUUCCUCUGUGCCACUGGACCGAGAGGUUAGGACCUUGCGCGG